GCCACGUAGUGAACAGCUGCUACACCUGAGUUCAUAAGGAUAGAUUGUUUAGAUCGUGAUCGGAAGCUCUUGGAAACGAUAAACUUUAGGAAAACUCCUUUGAUUUGUGACCUUGAAUCCAUCUACAACCAAAGAAAAAAUUCGUGGAAGAGAAUGGCCAAGAAAAGCAGGGAAGGGCAGAACAACUCCGAUAAGAAGCCCAAGGAAAGUUCAGAUUCUAACUUGAAAAACUACCUUUUUCUUGCUCUAUUUAUCUUUCCUUCUCUUGCUUGGAUAAUAAGUGUUGCUGGAGAUGUUCUCAACAACGUCGGUGGUGUGUUUGGUAACAUAGCCAAUGGACUUUUGAUCUCUAUUCCAAUAGUUUUUCCAACACUGAUAGCUAUAUAUUCCACAAGGCUGAGAGGGAUGAUGUUAAAGGUAGUCCUACCUGUUGCUGUGGCUGUACUUCUGUGUCCUUCCAUCCAAGUUUAUUUGUGCUCUCCUGUUUAUUUGAAAAAUGAAGACCUUGGCACAAAACAUAGCUUACAAACAACUGCAGAGAAAUUCCUAAGAGACAGUUGUGUAGAGCACUGCCUGAAUCAAUCAAGGUUCCCUUCUAUUUAUCAGCUGUCUAUAUUUAGUCCAAGAGUGUCUGUAAGAGUUCAUUAUCAUCAAAUCAUUGAUCUCAACUUAACUACAACAGCAAACRUGGGUGGAGAGAUCAUUAAGAUUGCAAAGUUGUUGCUGUUGCCAUCAUGGCGUAGGGUGAAAGGGAAGUUCCAUGCACUAAAUCUGAUUGCACGCAUACCUGUCAAAGUCAAAAAGCUUGAUGCCACACUAAAAGCCAAACAAGAUAUGGUCCUCAGUGGCAAGAUAGUAAAUAUUCCAAAUGAUUUGAAGAGAUUGAAAGGGGAACUGGAAAAACAGAAGCGCUUCGUAAGGCCUCUUGUGCUAGAGGUGUUUAGAGUCACCCCAUUAGAAGUUACAGAUGAUGCUGGCAAAGAAAAAGAAGAAAAAGAAGAAGAAUAGAAUUCUACAUAAUUACAUCGAAAUCAGAUUUGAGUUGCAUCAGUAAACGGGUUGUUUUACAUCCAUGGAAACCUUAGUUCAUUGUGUUCAAGCUCAAUAGACGAUAUCUUACUUGGAUGUAUUCAUGUUUUCCCAUAUCAGGCUUGUUAUUUCCUAAAGUGUCAUUUCCUUGUUUAUAGUGGUUGCUUAUGAGUAGACACAUAAAUAUGUAUACAACUCAAGCAUUAAGAAUCUUAUUCUCAAGAUACAGUACAUACUCAUCUAUCAUUGGCAAGAUGGCCAGCCCAACACCAUGUGACAAUUUUGGCCAUGAGACAGGUUCUAAACCCUGGGAAGUAAGUACUCCCUAUCACUGGCCAACUGGAAAUCUGUCCCAUGCAGAGUCCAGGCUCAUCAGGGAAACUGAAAGAAAAUUGCAAUAGCCAUAGGAAUACAUACUAUAUUAAUAAAUGAUUUCUAAAUUGUUGGCCUUUAGAAAAAAUAAAUUUCAAAUUAUUGCAGCCCAAACAUUGCAAUAGUGCUCAUGCAUGCAUAUGGGUGCACAUGCCAGUUGUCUGAAAAUAUCUAAAGUAUUUUGAUGAUUCAACACAAGCCAUUUCAUGGUUUACAAUGCAUUACAGUCAUCAAAUUGUUUGAAUAUUAUCAUGAGUAUUGCUGUACAAACGCACUGACACUUCAAGAAAUUUUCAACUUGGUGUGUUUAUAGAUUGAGGCUUCAAUUUGCACCAUUAUGUGAUGGCAGCCAUGACAGGAGGCACAAAAAUAGUCUUUUUCUCCRGGAAAACUGAAUUCUUUCUUGUGUAAAUAAGAUUAAACCAGAUUCAAUUGUUCCUGCCUCCUGUCAUAUAUGGCUACCAUCACCUGAUGGUGCAAUAAAGUCUCUACUAAUAUAACUUGUUUUGGUCUAAAUAUAAGCUUGCUAUUUUUUAGGAGAAAGAAAUCAAAAAUGUAAUUAAAAUGCAAUGCAUYUUUAUAUUCAGCCAUCUGAUGAAAAAGUCCAAACAUUUUGAGGACUAAUGUUAUAACACAAAGUAAAUGAAUGACAUCAAGUGUAGAAUCAGUGAAUUUUGGACUCUUAACUAUUUAUGGCGCAAGCAAUCCCAACCAAGCUUAAAAUAGCAAUCAAUUUCAUCAAGAACCAAUAUUGCUUUAGAUUGCAAUGAUUUAAUUUUUUUAGAUAUGUAUAGAUAAAUGGUUUAUUUACAAAUUACGUUACAGCCAAGAUUGCAUGUGAAUUGCAUAGCUUGGAGAUAAAAUAUAUAGAGGAUAUUACAUGGGUGCGCGAAGAUACAAAUUUUAUCUUCGAGUGAGCGCAGCAAAAGAGUGAGAUAUCUAAAUUGAAUACGAGAAGAUAAAAUUCGUAUCUCCAAGCGGCCAUGUAAUGUUCUGUUUAUCAUAUAGAUAUCGAUAAAACUUAAAUAAAACAAAAGCCAAAAAUUCUUCAUUGAAAUAGCAAGCCAAUUCAACAGCGAUAUCUUCACUUGUGAAAGAUAUGGUAUAUUCCACUGGUGAAAGACAUCAAGUUUUCGACACUAGAGAAAACCUGGUACUUCGUCAAUAUCUAUUACACUGCUAGUUGUGUAUUGCAGCCGGAUAAUUUUAAGAGUGAAAGCGGCCAUCUUUUUUUGAGCCCUGUAGGGUGUCUUGUGUGUCAUAUAACAAAUGCACUAAAUAAAUAAUAAUAUAGUAAAUAAUUAAUGAUAACAAUAAUAAGAUAAAACUAAAAUAAAUAUUUAUAAAUAUUCAAAGUCAUCAAAGUUCAGUGAAAAUAGAAUGUAAAAACCAGGCAGUUACGUCUAUUUUGGAGGUACUGUACACAGUUAUUCUAAAUUGAAUAAUAAAAAUAAAUAAAAUUAGAGAUAAUUAUA